AUGUCAAACGUUGGUUUACAAGUACGUCAAGCAGUACCAAAUAUUGAUCCUGUAGUGGCAGAUUAUGCUGUUGGGUAUAUCCAACAUGUUUCUCAGUCAACAGAGGACAUUGUCUUGAGUCAACAAUUAGAUAUCAAAUCAGAAUUACAUUAUAUUGAACAAUUGUUAGUAGAUGCGGGUGGUUCUAAUGAUAAAGUUGAUGUCUUAGUCAAUAAAAUCAUUGAAGAAUUAACUGAUAAAUUGAAUAAGAAUUUAGCCAAAUUAGAAAUUACUGGUGAUACUUCUAAAAGAUUGUUGGAUAUUAACUUAUUAAAUCAAAAUAAUAAUAAGAGAGAUAUAAAUUCAUCAUUAGCACUCUUAAAUGCUAGUACCAAUAUCGAACAUGCUGGUAGAUCUAUGGAAAGUCGUGUUGAUAAGAAGAAAUUGGAAAAACAAGAAAGGAAGAUUGCUAAGAAAGUUGCAAAGAGAAAUAAUCAAUUCGUUAAAUAUGAGAGAUCUAAAUUAUUAAAUGAUCAAAAAGAAGAAGAUUAUGAUUCAUUCUUCUUAGAAAUCAACCCUUUAGAUUUUGGUUCAAGUGCUGGUAAAUCUAAGGAUAUUAAGAUUGAAAACUUCGAUUUAUAUGUUGGUGAAGGUCAAAGAAUUUUAAGUGAAGCUACCUUAACAUUAUCUUAUGGUAGAAGAUAUGGUUUAGUUGGUCAGAAUGGUAUUGGUAAAUCUACAUUAUUAAGAGCUUUAUCAAGAAGAGAAUUAGAUAUUCCUAAACAUAUAACCAUUUUACAUGUUGAACAAGAAAUUAGAGGUGAUGAUACCCCAGCCAUUCAAAGUGUUUUAGAUGCUGAUGUUUGGAGAAAAAGUUUGAUUCAAGAAGAAGCAAAAAUUAACGAAAGAAUCAAGGAAAUUGAAAAUUUGAGAAAAGAAUUCGAGGAAGAAAGUCAGGAAGUUAAAAAAUUAGAUAAUGAAAGAGAUGAUUUAGAAAAUCAUUUAUUAUCAAUUUCUGAAAAAUUGUUCGAUAUGGAAAGUGAUAAAGCUGAAAGUAAAGCAGCAGCCAUUUUAUAUGGUUUAGGUUUUACUAAGAAAUCCCAAACAUUACCAACCAAAUCAUUCUCUGGGGGUUGGAGAAUGAGAUUAUCUUUAGCAAGAGCAUUAUUUUGUCAACCAGAUUUGUUGUUAUUGGAUGAACCUUCUAAUAUGUUGGAUGUUCCAUCUAUUACAUAUUUAGCUAACUAUUUACAAACUUAUGAAUCAACAGUUUUGGUAGUUUCCCAUGAUAGAGCAUUCUUGAAUGAAGUUGCAACUGAUAUAAUUCAUCAACAUUCUGAAAGAUUAGAUUAUUAUAGAGGUGCUAAUUUUGAUUCUUUCUAUAAUACCAGAGAAGAAAGAAUCAAAAAUCAAAGAAGAGAAUAUGAAAAUCAAAUGGCUGUACGUCAACAUUUACAAGCAUUUAUUGAUAAGUUUAGAUAUAAUGCAGGUAAAGCAGCUGAAGCUCAAUCAAGAAUCAAGAAAUUGGAAAAAUUACCAGUUUUAGAGCCUCCUGAAGAUGAUAAAAUCAUAAAAUUCAAAUUCCCUGAUCCUGAUAUGAUAUCUCCACCAAUUUUACAAUUAUCUAGUAUUGAAUUUGGUUAUAAUACUGAUGAUAUUUUAUUGAAAGAUGUUGAUUUCGACGUUCAAAUGGAUUCCAGAAUCGCCAUUGUUGGGGGUAAUGGUACAGGUAAAACCACAUUAUUAAAACUUAUUUUAAAUCAAUUAGAACCUUUGAAAGGUCAAGUUAAUAGAAAUGGUAGAUUGAGAGUUGGUUAUUUUGCUCAACAUCAUGUUGAUUCUAUGGAUUUGACAUUAUCUGCAGUUUCUUGGAUGUCUAACACCUUCCCAGGUAAAUCAGAUGAAGAAUAUAGAAGACAUUUAGGUUCUUUUGGUAUUACUGGUCCUUUAGGGUUACAAAAAAUGGAAUUAUUAUCAGGGGGUCAAAAAUCCAGAGUUGCCUUUGCUGCUUUAAGUUUAUCUCAACCACAUAUUCUUAUUUUGGAUGAACCUUCUAAUCAUUUGGAUACUCAAGGUUUAGAUGCUUUAGCUGAUGCUUUAAUCAAUUUCAAAGGUGGUGUUCUUAUGGUUUCCCAUGAUGUUUCAAUUAUUGAUAAAGUUUGUAAUGAAAUUUGGGUCACUGAAAACCAAUCAGUAACCAAAUUUUCUGGUGAUAUUAAUGCCUAUAAGAAACACAUCUUAGCUGAAGCUGAUGAUAAGGGUGUGGUUAGAAAACAUUAG